GCUUACAAGUAUGGCUUCUAUACUAACUCCUCGAUGUUUCUCACACAGACUCUCUCCUUCUUUUCCCCGCUUCCAUCUUCCGCCAUCAUCCCAUCCUUCUCGGCGCAGUCCGUCUCUCAUCAGAAUGGAGGCAUCCUCCAACGGUGCUUCUGAUGCCAAGGAGACCGCCGCUCCGGCUGACCCAAGCAGUGACUCCACCAACGCCGCCGCCAGCAAUUCAGAGUCGGAAGACCCUUUGAUUCAGUACGUGGUUCUCCGGAGGGACUUAAUUGACACUUGGCCUUUAGGUAGCGUGGUUACACAGGGAUGCCAUGCCUCCGUCGCCGCCAUUUGGUCCUUCAAAGACGACCCUCAUACUCUCAACUACUGUAACUCCUCUAAUCUCCACGCUAUGCGCAAGGUUACUCUUGAAGUGAAGGGUGAAGCGCAGAUUGUAAAUUUGUCGGAGAAAUUAAAUUCUAGUGGUAUUGAUCAUAAGCUGUGGAUUGAACAACCUGAGAAUAUUCCAACUUGUUUUGCUACAAAGCCAUAUCCUAAAUCUAUUGUAUCGUCAUUUUUCAAAAAGGUGAAGCUGUGUAAGUGAUGAUAUUCUGGUGCCACUUGGAUGAUUCUUAAUGCAAAUGAAUCUUUUGCCUUUCGUGUGGGUUAU